GAGCAUGAUGGCACCAAGAGUGAGGUGGAUAAAGCUUACCUUAUUGGUGCCGAAAAGACUAAAACUUCCAGCAAAAGAGACGGUCCGAAUGAGCAUGAAGCUACUAGAAAUUUUUCCAAAUUAUUCUCAAGUGAUGAGGCUGCUCAAACACGAACAGAACUUAUUGUUGAGGAAAAGUAG